AUAUUAUCUAUGCUGGCCAGGUGCUGAAGCCUAACAAAAGCUUAUCCAGCUAUUGCCUGCAACACCAAUCUACAGUUUAUGUUGUACAUAAGUUUUCACCAUCAGACGGUGAUAGUGAAUCUCACAAAGUUGAGGAUUAUGCCAGCUCUGCCAGUAAAGGGGAUGUCUUCAUGGCAAUCAAAUCUGCUUUGCUGGUUGAUGAUUACAAAAGAAUUGUAGGUGGAAUGCUGAAUCAUCCAGAAACAGUCGAGAACAUCAUUGCUGCUACACCUGGACUUGACAAAGACCCAGCAGUUUUGGCCAUGCUGCAGGAUCCUGAGUUGUUGGCUGUUCUGGCUCAUCCAAAUAACAUAGAUAGUUUACUGAAGUUGCAUCCAUCAUUUGCACAAGCUGCUAUUACCAUUGCAUCUGCAGUGACAGAGGAAAGUUCUAAGAUUGGUCCCAAAUCUAGUACAGGAAAUCAUACAUACUCUAUGGAUCAAAUGUCUGAUGAAGAUGAAGAUGAUGACGACAUGGCACAGGCAAGAGCACGCAGGAAUGUGACAGGUCAAAGCAUCACCGCAUCUCAGCUGGCAGUUGCCCUGCAAGCUGCUACAGCUUCUGGAAGAGUGCCAGGGUCUCCUCAAGCAUCCACAUCCAUGCCUUCAACUUCUCAAAUGGCUCCCACAGCAUCAUCCAGUGGAACCAUAACUAAUGACUUUUUUCAACAAGCAAUGGCCCAUGCUCAAAGUGCUUCAUCGGAUGCAGCAUUACAGCAGCUCAGAGAAAUGGGCAUUACCGAUGAGAAUGUUGCUCGACAAGCUCUUGCUGCUACUGGAGGAGAUAUCCAGUUAGCUAUCGAUCUUAUCUUUGGGGAUGGAUUCAGCAUGUGA